AUGACCAAGCUGUUCACCAACGACCAGUACGUGCUGCGUUUCGAGGCCAGGCUGAUCUCGCAGAACAAGGACGAGCACAACCGCAAGUUCAUCGUUUCCUUCUACUGCGGCGACGACACCGUGCAGGUCUACCAGAGCGCCGACAAGAAUUCAGGCAUCUGGGGCGGCAAGUUCCUCGAGAGGAAGAAGCACAACCACAAGACCGAGGGCAGUACAUGCGAGAGCGUCCUGACAAGUUCCCAGACGUUAAUCUCUAGGCCACGAAACAAACUCCUGGAGGAAAAAAAAGCCAUCAAGUCCCUCUCCUACAAAAAGACAGGCACCACCAUCGUGGGUGUGAAGUUCGCGGAAGGAGUGGUGCUGGCUGCCGAUACCAGAGCGACUGGCGGCUCCAUCGUCGUCGAAAAGAACUGCGAGAAGAUUCACUAUAUCGCUCCCAACAUAUACGCAUGCGGCGCCGGCACAGCUGCAGACACCCAAUUCGUCAACCUCUUCAUGUCCUCCAACCUCGAACUGCAGCGUCUCAACUCCGGCAGACAGACCAGAGUCAGCUCCUACAUCACCUCCACUGCGAGUCUUUUGUACCGCUACCAGGGCCACCUGGGCGCCUACCUCAUCGUCGGCGGUUACGACGUGCUGGGAGCGCAUUUGGUGAUUUACUCCUACCUGCCCUUCGCGACGAUGGGAAGCGGUUCUUUGCACGCGAUGACUAUUUUCGAAUCGAAGUACAAGGACGACAUGACUCGCGAGUAGGCGGUUAACCUCUGCAUUGAGGCCAUCUCAGCCGGUAUCUACCACGAUUUGGGAUCGGGAUCGCACGUGGACUACUGCGUCAUCACCAAGGACAAGUCGGAAAUGUUCAGAAAUGCCGUCACCAACGAUAAGUUGCAUGAUAUCAGUGUGUGA